GGGGAGAAGGGAGGAGGGGUGUGUUACGUGGUGACGUUAAUUCUAUAUGAGCGCGAGCGGCGGGAGCUCGGGUCUUUUUUACCGCUCGAGCCGCGCGGCGCCUCCUCCUCCCCGCUCCUGAGUCACCGCCGGCCCCGGCCCGCGCGCAGGGUUUGAAAUCUAGGAGAAUGGCAGACAUAGACAACAAAGAACAGUCUGAACUUGAUCAACAGGAUAUGGAAGAUGUUGAAGAAGUAGAAGAAGAAGAAACUGGUGAAGAUGCCAAUAGCAAAGCUCGGCAGCUGACUGUGCAGAUGAUGCAAAAUCCUCAGAUUCUUGCAGCGCUUCAGGAGAGACUUGAUGGCCUGGUAGGAACAUCUACAGGAUAUAUAGAAAGCUUGCCUAAAGUUGUUAAAAGACGUGUGAAUGCUCUCAAGAACCUUCAAGUUCAGUGUGCACAGAUAGAAGCAAAAUUCUAUGAGGAAGUUCAUGAGCUGGAAAGAAAGUAUGCUGCUCUCUAUCAGCCCUUAUUUGACAAGCGAAGUGAAAUCAUCAAUGCAAUUUAUGAACCUACAGAGGAGGAAUGUGAAUGGAAAGCAGAUGUUGAAGAAGGAAUUUCAGAGGAAAUGAAAGAGAAAGCCAAGCUUGAAGAGGAAAAAAAAGAUGAAGAAAAAGAAGACCCUAAAGGAAUUCCUGAGUUUUGGCUGACAGUAUUCAAGAAUGUGGACUUGCUCAGUGAUAUGGUUCAGGAACAUGAUGAACCUAUCCUGAAACACUUAAAGGAUAUAAAAGUGAAGUUUUCAGAAGUUGGACAGCCUAUGAGUUACACCUUAGAAUUUCAUUUUGAACCAAAUGACUACUUCACAAAUGAAGUGUUGACAAAGACGUAUAGAAUGAGGUCAGAGCCAGAUGAUUCUGAUCCCUUCUCCUUUGAUGGACCGGAAAUCAUGGGUUGUACAGGUUGCCAAAUAGACUGGAAAAAAGGAAAGAAUGUUACUUUGAAAACCAUUAAGAAGAAGCAGAAACAUAAGGGUCGUGGAACAGUUAGAACAGUGACAAAAACUAUUUCCAAUGACUCUUUCUUCAACUUUUUUAGUCCUCCUGAAGUUCCUGAAAGUGGAGACCUGGAUGAUGAUGCUGAGGCAAUCCUUGCUGCAGACUUCGAAAUAGGUCAUUUCUUGCGUGAACGUAUAGUCCCCCGAUCAGUAUUGUACUUCACAGGAGAAGCUAUUGAAGAUGAUGAUGACGAUUAUGAUGAAGAAGGUGAAGAGGCAGAUGAUGAGGAGGGGGAAGAAGAAGCAGAUGAAGAAAAUGAUCCCGAGUAUGACCCAAAAAAGGAUCAAAACCCGGCAGAAUGCAAGCAGCAGUGAAGCAGUGUGUAUGUGGCCUUGAGGAUUACCUGCACUGUAAUAGCCUAAACACAACUAUUAGUUACUUACAGCCUUAUGUUUUGUAUCUUGGUAGAAUUAAGUAACCAAUUUGUUAAAAAAAAAAAAAAAGAGAUCAAACACAUAAGAACCAGUUUAAAAUGUAGGUUCAAUCUACCUAGCAUUUUAACAGUAUAAUUUUCUGCCAAUAUGUAGAAUGCAGUAAAUCCCCUAAAGCAUGAAUGUUAAUUCAUUGCUACAUAGUUUGGUUCUUGUGAAGUCUUUGUCAUGUAGCUAUUAGACUGCAGCUGUGAAGAUUAUCAGAACUGUUAACUGAGACCAAUAUUUGUUUAGAGAAAACUCUCUCCUGAAGAACCAACCAAAGUAUUUUUCAGCCCAGUAGUCUGAACGGGUUUAAGUCUGCUUGCACUAGCUGUGCCUUCAUUACUUUGUUAUAGAAAUGGCAGUGACUUGUACUAACUAGGAGAUGAUGAUGAUGAUGCGUUUUGAAUUUGACUACUUGAGAAGACUAGUAUAACUUGUUUAAUUUCCAACGAGACCACAUUAAACAUUCAUAACUGUCAGCUUGUUUAUGCUAUGGGUUUUGUAUUUUAUGUGACAUAGUGAUCUACAAAAGAAACCUAGUCAUCAUAUUAAGGUUAUUGUUUACCACUGGGGUGUGAAUAAAACCUAGUAUUUUCAGAA